AGGCCAUCUUUCGGUGUAACGUUAACGGUGCAGCUUCCUUUGCUAAACAGAGCAGCAGAGGUUUCGUCCUCCGGCUAACAGCAGCUACUAUGGCGUCAACUGAGAUAGCAAGGCAAGCGGGUGAAGGAGCUCGUGCUGUCCCUCUAUCGGGCCAUGUCGGCUUUGACAGCAUGCCUGACCAGCUGGUCAACAAGUCUGUCAACCACGGAUUUUGCUUCAACAUCCUCUGUGUUGGUGAGACGGGUUUGGGUAAGUCCACUCUGAUGGACACGCUGUUCAACACCAAGUUUGAAGGUGAGCCCACCCAGCACAACCAGCCGGGAGUCACACUCAAGUCCAACACCUAUGAACUUCAGGAGAGCAACGUGCGCCUCAAACUCGCUGUCGUCAACACCGUGGGCUUUGGAGACCAGAUCAAUAAAGAAGACAGCUACAAGUCCAUUGUGGAGUUUAUUGAUGCCCAGUUUGAAGCAUAUCUACAGGAGGAGCUGAAAAUCAAGCGCACGCUACACAGCUACCACGACACCCGCAUCCACGCGUGCCUGUACUUCAUCGCUCCAACGGGACACUCGCUCAAAUCGCUGGAUCUGGUGACCAUGAAAAAACUUGAUAGCAAGGUCAGCUUCACUUCACUGAGUGUCAUCUUUAGUUGUGUUUGUGUCAAAGAGUCCGCUAGAAGAUGUUUAGGAUUGUUUCUAUUGUGUAACAGUUGCGCUAUCUACCAGUUCCCCACCGAUGACGAAUCCGUGGCCGAGAUCAACUCCACCAUGAACAGCCAUUUGCCCUUUGCCGUGGUGGGGAGCACAGAGGAAGUCAAGAUUGGGAACAAGAUGGUGAAGGCCCGGCAGUACCCCUGGGGAACGGUGCAGGUGGAAAACGAGACUCACUGUGACUUUGUCAAACUGCGGGAAAUGCUGAUCAGAGUUAACAUGGAGGACCUGCGAGAGCAGACGCACACGCGUCACUAUGAACUCUAUCGGAGAUGUAAAUUGGAGGAAAUGGGGUUCAAGGACACGGAUCCUGACAGCAAGCCCUUCAGUCUGCAGGAAACAUAUGAAGCUAAGAGGAACGAGUUCAUGGGAGAACUGCAAAAGAAGGAAGAAGAAAUGAGGCAAAUGUUUGUCCAAAGAGUUAAAGAGAAAGAGGCUGAGCUCAAAGAAGCAGAGAAAGAGCUGCACGAGAAAUUCGACCGUCUGAAGAAACUCCACCAGGACGAGAAAAAGAAGCUGGAAGAAAAGAAGAAGAGUCUGGACGAUGAGGUCAACACAUUCAAACAGAAAAAGACUGCCGCAGAGCUGUUGCAGAAUCAAGCUCAGCAGGCAGGGGGCUCCACCACACUCAAGAGGGACAAAGAGAGGAAAAAUAAUCCCUGGCUCUGCACUGAGUAGGUCUUCAGCCCUCAAGCUUUGCUAAGGGACCAGCCUUUGUGGGCACUGAGUACCUCAAAUGUGACCAGAGGCUCUGUGGACCCCCCCCUCCCCAUCCCUGCAGGGUUUUCUUAUACAUUACCUGCUCUGCUAUAAUACGUGUUAACGUGUAUGUGCUUCAAUGCUGCUUUAAACUCACUUUGAGCAAUCUAAUCCACCAUAUGUUGCCUCUGCUUACGCUUACAUGUUUACGUUUUGUGUUGUUGUGACUAAUACCUUUUCCACUUCAGUUGUGAUGGAGAACAUGCACCUAUUCGUUUAUUUACAUUUUUGUACACCUGAAUGACCACAGACAAGUCGUGGGAUCGUAACACGGGCUCUACCUUUUAUUUCACUGUUUAAAAAAAAAAAUCAUGGCGUGGACACAAUAUAAUCGGGUGUUUUAUGUCUAUAGUGUAUUGUUUGAAUGACUAUGAUCACUAAGAUUUAAUUCAAAACCGAAAGUUUUCCUCUCCUUGAUAUGAAUCGCACUUCUGAAUCUUUUAUUUGUAAGCGUUUCUGCUUCGGCUUCCUCCCUCUAACUGCCUGCUCUUUUCUCUUU